UCCAACAUUCUUCAUUUUUCUCACAUGGGUUAUCGAAUUUAGCACUUCCAAAUUGGAUCAUUCUUCGGAAAAACCUUUCCAGAUUCUGUCUCAUUCCUUAAUCCUUCCAACAUUUUCCGGCGACGAAGAAUCGGGAAAUAAUAACACCUCUAAAUGGAGUUAGCAGACAAGACGGUUGGAUUUUUGCUAUCGCUUACCAGCUUGUCCAUCUUCACUUACUAUACUUUCUGGGUCAUUAUCCUGCCGUUUGUGGAUAGUGAUCACUUCAUCCACAGCUAUUUCUUACCACAGGAAUUUGCCAUCCUCAUACCUGUAUUUGCUGGUGUGGUACUUCUGUGCUUAUUAGGCAUAUUUGUUGGAAUUGUGAUGCUCAAAUCCAAAAGGAAGAAGGCAUGAGGACAACUCUUUGGCUGUUCGUUUUUUUUGUUUUUUUUAUUCUAAUGGGUCGGAGA